UCGAUUACUAAAUGGAUUUGUAAUAAGGUCACUCUGACGCCAUCUUUUUUGUUUCACGGAAAAAAUUAAAAAUUUGUCCGGUAAAAAUAGUGUGAAAUAAAAUAUAAGUGUGCGUUAAAUGCGUAAAUAGCAUUGCAAUAAAGUUUGCGCCAGCCGCACGCUAGAAAAGCCAAACAACAAGAAGACGACAUCGCGACGGGGAGGCCGCGUUUCAAUAAUAAUAAUAAUACAGCAUUUUUAAUAAAUAAUAAAGAGAAAACGUAUCUAACAAAAUGGGCGAAGUGAAGUCUGUUAAAGUGGACAACUGGGGUGUCUUCUUCCUCCAGAAGCUCCAAAAUUUCUUCAACAAAACGGAUUAUUGCGAUUUAACGCUUCAGUUUCGAGACAAUUCACAAUUGAAGGUGCAUCGCCUGGUGUUGAGUGCCUGCACCGAUUACUUUAAUGUGCUGGAGCAGACGUGCGAAAUAAUUGACGACGCACUCAUAAUGCCAGCCGAAUUUCAAGCGGAUGUUGUGGUGCCUAUUGUGAACUUCAUGUACACUGGCACACUGGAGUUUGAGCUUAAAAUGUAUGGCAAACUGUUGCGCACCGCCAAAGAGAUGAACAUGACGGUGCUACUCAAGCUACUCGAGGCACAUCGUCGCACCAUGGAGAACGUGAAUCGCCAGCAAAGACCUCCCAGUCCGAAAGGCAUACGACGUCGCCCUGUGGUACCCAGCGGCAAUGCGAACACGACGCAACAGCGUGUCUCUUUAACAACACCCCAAAAUCGAGGUGGGAACACUCCCGGUGUCACCAGCACAGUGCGAACGAAUGUGCAACAACAACAACCACGUGGCUUGAAUACUCCAGCAAUUCUACGUUCUGGUGGCAUCAACAAUCGCACACAGUAUGUGGAAUCAACGGCAACGACCACGUUCACCAAACAAGAGCCCACCUCGCCGUUUGAACAGCUGCGUAAGGGAUAUAAUAAUAAUAAGCGACCGGCACAGACCAGCUUGCUGUCACCUCCCUCGAAAAAGCCGAGUUUGGAGGAGGUCAAGGAAUUUGCUGAGCAACAACGUAUGCGCAAACAAAUUGCAGCCGAAUUUGGAGAUCAUGGUGAUCCGGAAUAUGACAACUUGAUGCUGUACGACGAUGUGCACACCGGCGAUGAUGACGAUGAUGAUGUGCCGCCACAGCCAUCAACAUCGAAACAACAACAACAACAUCAGCAGCAGCAGCAACAACAGACGCAGCAACAGGUACAAUCUAGUACGCAGACGCAGAUGGAGCAUGGCACAACAACCAUCAUACUCAAACAGGAUUCGCCCAGCCAAACGCCUACGAUAAUUGUCAAGGAUUCGUCCAAUACAAAGUUAAAUCAUACAAAAAUCAUAGCUGAAGUACUGCGCCAAUAUCCGCACAUUGUUAAGGGCCACAAGAACAUUAAACUGAAAAUAAUGCCAAACAGUCCGGUAGAGAAAUCGCCAAGCACCGUUAAACAACGUGGCUCCCCAGUGCCAUCAACAACAGCUCCACAGGCGAGCACCACGUCUCCACACAAGAAACUGCAUGUGUCAUUCAAGCCAGACAAACCGAUGAUAACCACCCAACAACAGCAGCAAAAGUCCACACAGAAACUGACGACAGCACAGACAACAACAUCAGGCGAAGCAACACAGUCCCAAGCUGUGGCUUCAACGGCAACGGUGGGCUCCACAACGGCAACCUCGGCAGCUGCAGCACAAAAGCGGCGAAUCGACAGCAAGACGAUGCAUGCGCUAAUUGCACUUGGCGCUGAGAACACAACAGGUCCUUGGCUGUGUCUGCGUUGUGGUGUUAAUGGUCGGCCAAUUAGCAUUCCAUCAUAUCGUGGUUUCCGUCGCCAUCUAAUCAACACCCACAAGGAGACAAUUAAUCCGGCGCUAUGUGAACAUUGCGGUUGGCGUUCAGCCAACAAUCGGGAGCUGCAUUUCCAUAUGUACACAGAGCAUCAGGUCAAAUCGCUGCUCUACAAUUUUGCAGAAUGUGCGCUGUGCAAUCGCACGUACUUGAGCAAGGGAGAACUGGAACAACAUAUUAACGAGGCGCACACGGAUGAGAAUAAGCAGCAGUGCAUUUACUGCAACAAGGUGUUUGCACAGGAGCUGCAACUGUACAGGCACAUGAAGAGCUAUCACAAGGCACAGGCGCUCGAGGAUGGCAUUAUCGACGAAACCGAUGAGGAGUAUAUGGGCUCACAAGACGAAGAUGAGCAAUUGGAUGAUGAGGAUGGUCAGGAGGAGGAGACUGAAGAUGAACCUAUGCAGGAAGAAAAGGUACGCAUUCUGUCCGACAUCAGCUUGCCAGCGACCAGUGCCGUAAUCCAGCAACAAGCCAACGAUGAGCGAGAAGAGACAGAAACAGAAGCUGAAUCAGACCAAUUGAUGCACCAGCAGUCGCAAGAGCAGGAAGUCAAAUUUGUUGGUGCCGAUGGCAAUGAGGUGGAGCUAACUGAUGAACAGCGCAAGGAGAUAUUGUCUCAGCUGAAUCAGCAACAAGCUGGUGCACCCAGCGGUGGUGUUGUAAUGGUACUCAGUGAGCCCGAAGGUGAUGCCAAGCAGGAAGGCGAUGCUAAGUCCUCAGCUGGAACCGAGGAGGAAUACGAUGACAGUCAAAUAUAUAGCGAACUGGGCGCAGGUUCCGUCGAGAGCAGCAGCAAAAAGAGUGAAGUAGCUGAUGAGAGUAAGGAGUCUAUUGAUAAUCUUGAAUGGGCAGAGAACUUGUUAUCAAAGCAUGACUUGGAAACAGAACAGAACAGCAAAGAACCAAAGCCAGAUAAGCGACGAGAUGACAUUAGCGAAAAGCUCAAGGAAUUAACGGGCGAUUGGACCGAGGAUGAAAACGAGGAUGAAGAUGAUGUCACUGAUAAGCCUGCGACCACAGAAUUGACAGCUCCUGAUCAGUCGGAUGCUGGUAUAAAGGAAGAAUCGGCACAGGUUACAGAUGUUGUAAAAGAAGCAACUAUAGAACAACCUGAGCCAGAGCCUGAGCCGGAGCCUGAACUGGAGGAUGAUAUUGACUUGGCACUCGAAAGCUUGCAUAAGGGCGAAGAUGAAACGGUGGCCACUACUGAACCAGCAGCCGAAGCAAUUGCAACUUCCAGCACAGCUGAAGUUAGCCAAGAAAAGGAAAAGCCAGAAGAACCGAUUGCUAAAAGCGAUGCAAAUGUGUUGGAUGAGCCAAGUGUGGACGUUAAGGCACACAUAAAAGAAGAAGACCUAUCGAUUAAAAAGGAAAACGAGGUUGAGGAGGAAUUCAUCAAGGAGGAUGCGCCGCAAACGACAACACGCGAAACCGAAGCCGAAACCGUUGAAAUUAACAACGAAAGUUCGACUGAAAACAAUGCUGAAACUUCUGGCACAAGCGUUGAUGAUGUGAAUUUGGAAGCGGAAACUAUACGAAAAGGCUUGAUUGAAGAAUUAAUCGCCGAAGCCGAGACGGCCGAACCCGAUGCAGAGGCAAGCGGACAGCCAGAGGAUGCUGAAGAAGUGCCGCCAACCCAGCUACCUGUUGUUGACGGUUCAGAGACACUGAAAGAUGAGGUGUCUAAUGCUGAAACGUCCUUAGAGCAACCCGCAGCGACCAACAACGAGGAAAAAUCGGAGGCUACAACAACGACGGUAGUGACAACCGAUGAAACCGAGGAGAAGCCAAACACCAGCGACGUAGCUUCCAUCGAUGACAAGACCGGCACGCAGGAGAAAUUAAAGAGUCUCAUGAGCGAAUGGGUGGAUGAUGAUGAUGACGAUAAUGAAGAUGAGAAUGGGGUUAGUGCUGCAGCGAAAGAGCAACUCUAAUUACUAGAUUUAUUUAUGUUUUAAGUUCGUUUUCGAUUGCCAGUGCUACGUGCGACCAUUAAAACAUUUAUGUCAACCUAAUGUCAGCGUGAGAAUUGUAGUAUAGAUAUAAAUUCAUAUUUAUAUAUAUAUUUAAAUAUGUAACAAAUGAAAAUCAAUGGCAUUAUUUAAUCCAGAUGACUUCUUCGGUUUCGAUUGUAAAUCUGCAUAGUUGCAUAGAAUUAAUAAAAUUUUACAAACACACUAAAACUUCAUAAUUUACACACAUACACGUACAUAUAUAUAUUCGAUACAGAAACAUUGAAAAGCGAAUUAUAUAUUUUUGACACGCGAAUGCAUAAUUCAAUAUCUGACCAGCAAUCGAACAUUACGCAAUAUAUGGUUUUAUAAUUUCUGCUACGUUUUACCACCAACAAUUCAAUUUUAAGUAACCUUUAUAAUAUACACAAUUUAUAAUAUAUAUAUAUGUAUAGAAUUAAUCUAUAUAUUGAACAUAAUUCAUAUAUGAAUAUGUAGUUACAUAGAUGUUGUUUUAAUUGGUUAAAAACAAAUUGAUAAAAGCAAAAGUGUAUGCAAUUACAUUUAAUCGAUUAGAAUGAUGAUGUUUUAUGAUUGAUAUACCUAGUAUGUAAAAGAAAUCAAAAAAAUUAAAUGGAAACGUUUUUUUGAUUACCAUUAAACAUAAGGUUAACAAAACAGAUUCAGAUACUUUGGAGAAAGCAAAAAAAAUAUAUAAAUGUAGAUA